AUGAAUGAUAGCACAGACACGCUGGAACGAACAUACCUCUUUCCGUGGACGAAUCUUCUCGAGUUCGACAUCACUUUCGACUCCAGAGGUGGCGAGCAAAAAAAUACAACUAUCGAGGCUGUCUUUCUAGAGUUUUUCCUCAAGUUCUACAAGAUUAAAAACAUCUUGAUAAUGUUAUUUUUGAUUCAGAGACUCUGAUCUACUUUUUCUAAGUAGAGAAAAAGAGCCAACGAUUGCGGCUCUUCAAAAGGAAAUGGAGAGAUGUGAAAUCAAUCCAAACUCCAACAAUUUAGAAGGUUUUUUAUCAUUUAAAUGAUUCUUGUUAUUUUUUCAUAAUUCAGUUGGAGAGAUUGCGGUAAAAGGAGAUCCAUAUCGGGACAUUCCCAAGUAUUUUGGGACGAUGAUCAAUGCCAAAUAUGGGCCUAAUCGGAAACGGAAAGUCAGCCAAAAGGCUGUCGAUUUCAAAACUUUUGAGGAAUAUUGGGAGGUAUGAUUUAGAAAAAUGUGCUUUUUCAAAAAAAAAAAAAAAAUGCUGCGUUGUGUACAAAAUAUCCGGCUGGAUUAUUUCAGGUUCAUGGAUAUUUUUAAUAAAAAUUCUCGUGCAGAAAAGUUUUUUUCUCAUUGAGAGGUUUCAGAUCAUAAGUGACUGAUGAACCUUCAAAUAAAGCAUCAAAACGUUUUAAUUUUGAUUUCUCUUACAGACAGCCCAGAGUUUCGUGAUUUACACUACUUGGGAGCAAGAUUUCGGUGAUUUGAUGGACCCGGAUGAGCGAUUCAAGCUCCAAGUGCAAAUCAAGGAGUGCAAACCGUAUUUGUUGAUUGAUCAUCAUUUUGAUCUGAAGGUUUUUCGUUUGAUGAUUGCAAUUUUUUAUUGGUUAUAUUACAGAACAAUGAGGAUUACAAGAACUUGGCGAAAAAACAAGAAGACUGUCCCAAUGACUCCUACGAAUCCCUUUUCAAGUUUCACUGUGAAGUCAUUGAAAAACAGUCGAUUGUCGACUUUGCCAAGCAUCAAGUCGUCCGGCUUUCCAACAAAGCGCAGACUUUUUUGAAUAAAGUUCGUAAGAAAAUAAAGCGCAAAGUUAACUUCAAAAGUAUUUUUUCACAGAUAUGGUUCAUUUUAUUUUUAUCUAAGGUGUUUGUAGAUGUAGAAGCCUUGCAAGAACUACAAUCUCACUGUAAAUGGCUUUUUUUGUUUGAAGAACUUCUUGAAAACUCAUACAGAAAUAAGAGAAAAAUAAAAUCAAUUUAAAAAAAUUUUUUUAUCCUGUAAUCUCCUUAUGUUAUUCAAAGUUUAGUCUUUAUUCUUUCCAUAGCUGGAAAUGUGGGCCGAUGAUGAAAUCCAAAGAAUUCAACUUAUAAAUUUCGAAAUUAUUUGUUUUUUCAGUUGGAAAAGAUUGGUUUCGUGCCGGGAUUCACAGAAAAUUCGCUUCCCAUGUCUCUCCUCCCGAAAAAGAAGACUGCGAAUGAAAAUGAAGAUUCUGGUACCAUCAAAGCAGAAGAAGAAGUUGUUAAAGAAGAACCAGUUGUGUAUGAGGACGAUCAUGUAUGUUUAUGCAAAGAAUAUUUUUGUAGGGUUUCUUUCAGAUUUUCGCAGACCUUCAAUACACGCUCAACGACAAGUAUUCGCAGCAGAAAACGCUCGUGUGGAAGUUUGUGCUUGGUUUUGCAAGAAAAUGAGUUAUUUCAAUUGCAGUGGAGAAGAGAAAAGUGAUAAAGUCGGGAAGGAAUCAUCGCCGACCACAGAAAUCGUCAGUGGAAGCGAAGUUUCCUUCGCUUUCGAUCCUGAAAAGGAAGCCCAUUUGAUUGCGUCGAAUGCUGCGAAAUUGUACGCCGAUGACCCUGUGAGAGAGUUCUCCAUUUGUUUCCUCAUUAUUUAGAACUUUUUAGGAGAUUCGCAAAUACUUCUUCCAGAGGUACCGUCUCUUUUCCAAGCUGGAUGAAGGGAUCAUCAUGGACAGAGGUUCAGUUUCGCAUCAAAUUUGAAGGGAACAACCUUUUUUUUAGUACAUCAGAGUAUUCAAAUGGAAUUAGAAAUAUUCAUUUCACCUUCACAAUUUUCGGGUUUAUAACACCUUUUUAUUAAUAUCUGACCUUUUUCCUUAUACUUUUUACAUUAAAAACAUAUCAAAUUUGAAAUUUCUAAGUUUUUAAUGAAUCUCUAAAUUGACAUUUCAUCGUUUUUGAUGAAUGUUUUUUUGUUAGAUAUCAACUUUAAAAAAAGUGUAUAAUUUCAAAAAAAUAUUUGUUCACAAAAAAACAUAAUGCUCUAAAUAAUUAUCAAGAAUUAAAAUAUGUAAUCGACAACAAAAAGAGCUUUAACUUCUCAUCGUGCUGUUUUUUUCAUAAGUUUGGUUGAAACUGUCUUUUUCUCUUCAAAUACUGUAGUUUACUCGACAUUACACUGAAAACGUACUUGAAAAAUGUCCCAAUCGGAAAGUAACAGACGUUUUCGUUGUUUGGACGCGAAUGGUUUCUAGUUCUAAUUUUGCAGAAGGCUGGUUCUCGGUGACGCCUGAACGGAUCGCUCAGCACAUCGCCGACCGUAUAGUGCUUCCGGAAACGGCCGUCAUCGUCGACGCUUUCGCUGGAGUCGGCGGCAAUACCAUCCAAUUCGCUCUCCGUGGCGCACAUGGUUUGACAAAAUAUAUAUCCAAUGAGGAGAAAUUCGUCUUUUAAUGGUAGAAAAACUAUUAUAUUAUUGUUUGAUUCUUCGGAAAAUAGCUUCAGUAGUCGCAAAAAAGUUUGUCAAAAUAUAUUCCUUUCGGAUUCAAAAGAAUUUCUUCACUUUCAAUUUCAACCACGAGCCGUAAAAUGGUAAACUCAUUUAUCGCGUUUUCCCAGUAAUGGUAAAUGGGCUAAUAUUGCAACUUGAACUGAAACGUCUCGCAUUCUCGAAAAAAUCAGCAAAUAUUCAUUAAGAAUUUCGAAAAACCUGCGUACAAGACAUUUUUAGAAGGUUCUGUUCAUAAAACAUUUUCUUCUUACGUCUGGGCACACUUUUAAUUUCUCGGCUGAAUUUUGUUUAUUUUCAAGUGAUCGCUAUCGAUAUGGACCCGGUGAGACUGAAGUGCGCCCGCCAAAACGCCAAAGUUUACGGCGUCGAGGACCGUAUUUCCUUCAUUUGUGCCGACUUUUUCCAUGUCGCAGCCACUUGGACCAAAAACAAGGAGCGAGCUCCGAAGGUACUUCAGUCUUUUUUUGAAAAUAUCAAUUUUUUGGUUUAAUUUUUGAUGGAAAUGUUAUAUCGCGGAAAACUGAGCUUAAAAAUCUCAUUAUGUUUAUUUUAUCUUCGAAAUCCAAGUUUUUCUUUGUUUUUUUUUCCCAUUGAAUUAUUUGAUUUCUAGUGAUACUUUAACAGGUUUGAAGGUAGAGAUCUUUCCGAGAAAUAAUUAUUAGGGUUAUAUUUAAUCAUUAUUAAAAAGAGCACAGUUUUUUUAUAAAGAAAAAAAUUCAAUGGCAAGUUUUUAUUUUUAGUUCAAAAGUCAUCCUAGAUAAUAAUUGGUUUUUAUUUAUCUAAUAUUUUCAGGUCGACGCCGUUUUCUUGAGCCCCCCAUGGGGUGGACCUGGAUAUUUGAACACCAAGGUAUAGGUCUUUCGUUGAAAAAGUUGAAGAAAAACGAAGAAAUUUGAGGGGGAAAAAGAAUAUUAAUAUUUUCGCAUGAGAAAGAUUCCAUUAUUUAUUUCCUAGACGAAAAAAAAAGCUUUGGAGCGGACACCAUAAUAAGUCCCUAGAGGCUUAGAAAAUCACUUAAAGUUUUUUGCAAAGGGUCUUAUGCAAAAGAAAAGGUCAGUAGAGUUUCUCAUUGAAUUUUCUUUCUGAUGUUGCCAAGCUCUUUUUCAAAUGAAGAUGUUAUUUAUUCUCAAAGUUGAGCAUUUUCUCAACAAUGAAGUCUUCUUUUAAGUGAUCAUUUAAAAAAAAACGGAAUGUAUUUGUUUUUCGAAAUAUUUUCCCAUGGGCAGAUUUUUCCCGAAUACCGGUUCUUCGAAAUUGAGCCUUUUUCAGGAGUUUGAUUUGAACACUGGAGUUGUCCCUAACGGAAUCGAAAUCUUCAAUGCUUCGGUCGCUUUAUCACCCAAUAUUGCCUACUUUUUGCCUCGCAAUACAAAACUGGACCAGGUUUAUUUCCCCCAUCUUCAUUUUUUGAAGAAAAAAACGUCUUCCAGCUGAUCAAACUGGCCGGUUCGACAGGCGGCAAGUGCGAAGUCGAACAGUCUUCUCUCAACUCGAAAAUUAAAACCAUUACGGCGUAUUAUGGUAAUCUCGCUUACUCUUCUCAUUGA